GCAGCAGCAGCAGGAGGAGGAUGAUGGUAGUGGGAGCGGGCGGUGGCAGCAGCCGCCGCUGGCAGCAACCGGGAGAAGCCCUGCUGGUGACUGGCUGGCAGCGCACGCAGCUCUGAGGAGGCGGAGGGUGCCUGAGCCGAGCCGCGGGGCGGGCGCCUGUGAGGGGGGGAGAGACUGCGGCGGCGGGAGGGGACCGGCACAAGCGCGCACACGCACACGCACGCAGAGGCGGAUGACAGCGGCGGCCGCGGCCGCCACGAUGUGAGGCGAGCUGCGCGGGGGGGACGCGGAAGCUCCGCGGAGAAGGGAGGCGAAGCAAGGCAGCCCGCGCAGCCCCGGCAGCGGGAGGGGCGGCCGGGGCGGAGCCGGCUGGGCCCGGGGCGAGCCGUGCGCCCCGGCGGGUAAGGCGCGGGCGGCGAGUGUGGGACCGGCGGAGGCGCCGCCGGUGGGCUGACCGGCUGCUGUUUGCUUGGCUCCAGUCUCCGUCUCCGAGCCCGCGGCCACCGAUGAGGAGCGCCCCUGCGCUGCCGGACUGACGCCUCGCCGGCGUCCCCGCGGACGAGGAGAGCUGCCCCACGGCGCAGAGCGCGGCUCCCUGGCCGCGGGCCGCCCCUGCACCGCCCUCCCCGGCGGGGACUCGUCUGCCGCCUGCGGGGCGGGCGGCGGUGACAGCGAACCGGCGAGGCCGGGGGAGCGCGGAGCGCCCUCGCCGCCGAAGACCAUGAGGAAAUUCAACAUCAGGAAGGUGCUGGACGGCCUGACGGCGGUCUCCGCCGCCGCCUCGGCGUCGUCCGCCGCGCAGCAGCAGCAGGCGGGGAACCGGGAGACCGAAAUCCAGGAGACGCUCCAGUCCGAGCACUUCCAGCUCUGCAAGACUGUACGCCAUGGUUUCCCUUAUCAACCUUCUGCCUUGGCAUUUGAUCCGGUUCAGAAAAUACUGGCCAUCGGGACUCAGACUGGAGCACUAAGGCUCUUUGGUCGGCCAGGAGUUGAAUGCUACUGCCAACAUGACAGUGGAGCUGCAGUAAUUCAGCUUCAGUUCCUGAUUAAUGAGGGAGCUCUUGUGAGUGCCUUGGCUGAUGAUACCUUACACCUGUGGAACUUACGUCAGAAGAGACCUGCUAUACUUCAUUCACUCAAAUUUAACCGAGAACGGAUAACAUUUUGUCAUCUGCCUUUCCAAAGUAAAUGGCUGUAUGUGGGCACCGAAAGAGGAAACAUUCAUAUUGUCAAUGUGGAAUCAUUUACUCUCUCAGGCUAUGUCAUCAUGUGGAAUAAAGCCAUUGAACUGUCAUCCAAAUCUCACCCAGGACCUAUUGUGCACAUUAGUGACAAUCCAAUGGAUGAAGGAAAGCUUCUAAUUGGCUUUGAGUCUGGAACAGUGGUGUUAUGGGACCUGAAGUCAAAGAAGGCAGAUUACAGAUACACACAUGAUGAGGCAAUCCACUCUGUGGCUUGGCAUCAUGAAGGAAAACAAUUCAUUUGCAGUCAUUCAGAUGGUACCUUGACAAUAUGGAAUGUAAAAUCUCCUACAAAGCCAUUCCAGACAAUCACUCCACAUGGAAAGCAGCUGAAGGAUGGAAAGAAGCCAGAACCCUGUAAACCUAUCCUUAAGGUGGAAUAUAAAACAACUAGAGCUGGGGAGCCUUUCAUCAUUCUCUCAGGAGGCUUGUCGUAUGACACUGUAGGAAGAAGACCCUGUUUAACAGUUAUGCACGGAAAAAGUACUGCUGUGCUAGAAAUGGAUUAUUCUAUUGUUGAUUUUCUAACCCUCUGUGAAACACCGUAUCCUAAUGACUUUCAAGAACCAUAUGCUGUAGUUGUUCUCCUAGAAAAGGACUUAGUGCUGAUUGACCUUGCACAAAAUGGGUACCCUAUAUUUGAGAAUCCCUAUCCUCUGACUAUACAUGAAUCUCCGGUUACCUGUUGUGAAUAUUUUGCUGAUUGUCCUGUGGACCUCAUACCUGCACUCUAUUCAGUUGGUGCUCGACAGAAGCGUCAAGGUUACAGUAAGAAGGAAUGGCCCAUCAGUGGAGGCAACUGGGGUUUGAUCACUCAGAGCUAUCCAGAGAUAAUUAUUACAGGGCAUGCUGAUGGGUCAAUCAAGUUUUGGGAUGCCUCAGCAAUAACGCUGCAAGUACUCUAUAAGCUAAAAACAGCCAAAGUAUUUGAAAAAUCACGGAAUAAAGAUGACAGGCCAAACACAGAUAUAGUGGAUGAAGAUCCAUAUGCUAUUCAGAUCAUCUCAUGGUGUCCAGAAAGUAGAAUGUUGUGCAUAGCUGGAGUUUCUGCACAUGUCAUUAUUUACAGGUUCAGCAAGCAGGAAGUGACAACAGAAAUCAUUCCGAUGCUGGAAGUACGUCUGUUGUAUGAAAUAAAUGAUGUGGAAUCUCCAGAUGGUGAACAGGUGCCACCUUUACCAACUCCAGGCACAGGUUCCAAUCCUCAGUCCAUUGUUCCCCAGUCUCAUCCAUCUACUAGUAGUAGUUCAUCUGAUGGACUUCGUGACAAUGUCCCAUGUUUAAAAGUUAAAAAUUCUCCUCUCAAGCAGUCUCCGGGCUACCAAAUUGAGCUAGUUAUCCAGCUAGUGUGGGUGAGUGGAGAACCUCCUCAGCAGAUAACCAGUUUAGCAGUCAACUCAGCAUACGGCUUAGUAGUUUUUGGAAACUGUAAUGGUAUUGCCAUGGUCGAUUACCUCCAGAAGACAGUGCUGUUGAAUCUAGGCACUAUUGAACUGUAUGGCUCCAAUGAUCCGUACCGCAGAGAGCCACGAUCUCCCCGAAAAUCGCGGCAACCGUCUGGAGGUAUGCUGACUGUGGCUUCUUGCAUGUGCGGCCUUUCUAACUUAUAUUCAGAGUCUGUGAAAAAGCUUCGCACCUCUUAUAUAACAGGUCUUUGCGAUAUUAAUGAAGGUACAACAGUGCCAGAAGACCGCUGCAAGUCACCCACUUCAGGUUCUGGUUCACCAAACAAUUCUGAUGAUGAUGAAAAAAUGAAUAAUUUUAUAGAAAAGGUGAAGACCAAAAGCAGAAAUUUUUCCAAGAUGGUAGCCAAUGACAUAGCAAAGAUGUCCAGGAAGCUAAGUUUGCCAACUGAGUUAAAGCCUGAUUUAGAUGUCAAAGACAACUCUUUCAGUCGAUCCCGGAGUUCUAGUGUAACUAGCAUUGAUAAAGAGUCACGUGAGGCAAUUUCAGCUCUCCAUUUCUGUGAGACUUUCACAAGAAAGAAUGAUACAUCACCUUCCCCUUGCCUGUGGGUUGGGACCACGCUGGGUACAGUGCUUGUCAUUGUACUGAACUUACCCCCAGGAGGAGAGCAAAGACUUCUUCAGCCAGUAAUUGUUUCUCCUAGUGGAACCAUCCUGAGGCUAAAAGGGGCAAUCUUGAGAAUGGCUUUUCUGGAUACAACAGGAUCUUUGGUCCCACCAGCACAUGAACCCUGGAGAGAACACAAUGUUCCUGAAGAUAAAGAUGAAAAAGAUAAAUCGAAAAAGCGACGACCUGUCUCAGUGUCCCCCUCUUCCUCUCAGGAAAUCAGUGAAAACCAAUAUGCAGUGAUAUGUUCAGAAAAGCAAGCAAAAGUUAUCUCGCUGCCAUCCCAGAACUGUAUUUAUAAACAAAACAUAACAGAGACUUCUUUUGUUCUUCGUGGAGACAUAGUAUCAUUGAGUAACAGUAUCUGCCUUGCAUGUUUCUGUGCCAAUGGACAUAUUAUGACUUUUAGUUUGCCAAGUUUAAGGCCAUUGUUGGAUGUAUAUUACCUGCCACUCACCAAUAUGCGGAUAGCCAGAACAUUCUGCUUCACCAAUAAUGGACAAGCACUCUAUCUUGUAUCACCAACUGAAAUACAGAGGCUCACCUACAGUCAAGAAACAUGUGAAAAUCUUCAGGAAAUGUUGGGUGAGCUCUUCACUCCUGUAGAAACACCAGAAGCACCAAACAGGGGGUUCUUUAAAGGCCUAUUUGGAGGUGGGGCACAGUCACUCGACAGAGAAGAACUCUUUGGAGAAUCAGCAGCUGGGAAGGCAUCAAGGAGUCUUGCCCAGCAUAUUCCAGGGCCUGGGGGUAUUGAAGGUGUCAAAGGAGCAGCAUCUGGCGUAGUUGGUGAACUAGCACGAGCCCGGUUGGCACUAGAUGAAAGAGGACAGAAACUAGGAGAGCUGGAAGAAAAAACUGCAGCUAUGCUUUACAGUGCUGAUUCUUUCUCUAAACACGCUCAUGAGAUGAUGUUGAAGUACAAAGACAAGAAGUGGUACCAAUUCUGAUGAGCUCAUCAAUUUCAUCUGUUUAAUUUUGUCCUGAUGGAAAAAUCUUGGGUUUUCAUUAAUUUUGGCAGGACCAUUGAAAUUUCAAGGAGUAUUCACCAUUGGAUACUGUGUUUCCUAGCACAAAUAACACACUGUUUUACCUCAGUCAUGGCGUGAACUGAGGAGCUUUAUAUUUAAAAGAAACACACACAAAAAGCAAACUUGAGUGUUUCUUAUUCUUGAGUGAUUAGCUGAGAGUUGGAACAGAGAAGGUAACCAGAACGUAUGGAAAAGAGGGUAAAAGUUAAAAUGUAGUGUGAGAUGGGCAGGGGCAAUGCAGGGUCAGUCCUGUGUUAAUAUUUCGUAUGCCAAAAGUUUUUGUGCUAUUGUAAUUGCUGCCAGUGUUAUAUGCUCCUGUGAGGAGAGGCAAUAAAUCAGGGGUCCAAGAGCUGGAAUGAAGUUGUUUGUCUUGCUGGACAGUAGCUGACUUACUCUUACCCUCUCUAGGACUCACUAUAUUUACCAUUAUUGCUGAGGAAGAGUUUGCUGUCACUUCUUUCAUCGGGAAAGCUGGAAACUUGGAAGAUGUCUUGUUGAAAAUUGUAUACAUAGUUGACUUGUGCAUAGUCUUUUCUUGGACCCCUGAUCUAGUAUUCUUGUAUUCACAUCCUAUUCUGUGAAGUGGAAAACAAGAGAAAACACAAUUUUUGCAUUAAAAAAAGUCAAGUGAAUAAUAUGACUGGAAUGUGUCAUGCUGGGAGUUUUCAUUUGUGUUAUGUCUGUGAAAUGUGAUAACAUCUUCAUUGUGGUAAGAAUACUUCAAUUUCUGUUCAGUUAAAUAUUAUUCUUUUGCCAAAAAUAGCUAUUGGUUCAGUUUGUAUAACAUUUAGAAUUGGCUGUGGGUUCCAUUCAUGCUGUGAAUUUUUAUAAAUGUUUAACAGAAUGUAUCUUUACAGCCAUUAAUUAAAAUAGCUGCGAUAGUUUUGCUUAAAACUCAAGUUCUAGAUGCCCCUUUAGUCCUUUACUAUGAAAUCCGAUAAUCUUGGACUCAGGUUUUCAAAGUUUUACACUCUGUGGAGGUGCUGAUGCAUGAAUAUUGGCAAGCAUCUAAUAUCCUGAUAGUUGUCAGUAUAUUGUUUAGAAAAUUCCUGCUAGUAGAGCUAUUUUCAAGUACCUAUCUCGGCCCCACCCAGCACUAAAGGCAGUCGGCUAAAGUUUUGAUUUAGUCUCUGAAGCAGUGUUUUCAGUGUGGGCCAUGGUAAGUGUCAACUAAAACUUCAGGAAUUCAUGAAAUAAUGUUCUGUUUGGGCAAGGUAAACAAUAUUGCUGAGCUAACUUGUUAAUGGCUGCUGCACUAAAGCUGUAACAGUGUGAAUGACAAGAGCUCUUUUAAAAAGAGAUAAUUCCUUAAGAUAAAUGUUUGUAUUUCAAAAGUUUAUUUAGACUUUUUUCCUCAAAGCAGUAAUAGUUACUGACUGACUUUAUUUUAUAAAAGGGAGUACUUAGAAGCAGGUAGAUCUGCAUUGUUUGAAGUUAUUCUUUUGGGCUUGCUUCACCAAGUAUCGUAUCCUUUGUGGGUUUUUUUGCACAUGUUCUGAAUAUUCCCAAAGCAAAACCUUGGUUAUAUUUGUAUUGUUAAGUGAUGUUGCAGAUGCAUAGAUAAGGCAACCUUCCAAAACACUCAACACAUGCAAAAUACUGAAGUAACUGAUGGUUCCUAAUGAAUUUUUCAAAUGAAAGGUAAAUAUGUUUGGGCUUUGUAGCACACACUAAAUCUUCUGAUUCUUUGUAUAGUAACACUUAAUUUAAAAGGGCAAGUGAAUUCUGUUCUUAGUACGAGGGCAUGCCAUACCAUGUCCACUGCUGAAAGAACAAAUGAGAAUGUGACAAUUUGAACAAGCAGCAUUCUGAUUUCCUUAUGGCUCUAUCCCUUACCUACUGAGGCAAUGUUAACUCCAGUUACUAGACUUGUCUUCCCACGCAGUUUUUGCCUUUACACGCUUUUUCUUUUUGUGUCUAAUUAAUGCAUAUUUAAACCAAUUCCAUUUUGUCAAAAAUCCAGGUAGGAGAAAACUAGGUAAACAGCUAUCCAUACCAUUUCCAAAAAUAAAACACCCUAGCUGACACUUAUUCCCUUUGUUCUGUCACAUAUGUAAAUUGAGAUGACUUAUUAUUAAUUGACACGGUGAAGGUGAACUAUAUUUCAGAGCAACAGAUCCUGGAAAAUUAGUCUGGUCAGGCUCAGGGGGAGAGGAUGGCAAAAGUACUCUUCAGCAGAUCAUGGUAUCGGUUCAAUGGACGAUGAUCUUGGCUUGAAAGGAAGGCGUACUUCUCAUCAAGAAACAUUUGACAACCACCAGCAAGCAAAAAAAAUAAGUGGCAGUGGGAGACCAUCUGCCAGUACAAGAAGAGCAUAGUGGCUUUUUUGGUAUUAUAAAAUUUAUCAUAGGUGAAUCUUUCUUCUGUUGCAUAUGUUCAGAGCAUGCUUAUGGAUUUGAAAACUAAUGAUUGCUCAUGAGAUGAAUACACAAAUGGUUCUUGGUCAAUAAAAGGGGCUAUGUACAAUUUUUGUCUAAAAUGUUCCUGUUUCCUUCUCUGUGGAAGGAAAAUGAUCGUACACACAUUGUUGCGUCUUGUUCCGCUAUUGGUGGUGCACCUUUUGUACAGCAAAGUAUAUUGAAAUCCUUGGGGGGAAGCUCCCCUGGUUUUUUCGCUAGCAUUUUAGUUGUGUGAAACUUUUUUAGGGUGUCUGGAAAACUAUAAAAUACAACUGAGCUAUUACUUUUUUAUUUUUAUGAUGGAAGUGUAAGAAACUGCUGCUACCUAUCUGUUUAUAUGUAGUGUGUCUCAUUAGGAACUGUAAACAAAAGAAGCUUUUUUUCACCUUAGUCCUGCCAAAUUGUAACUUUUGAAUGCUGGUCUGCGUAAAUAUGUGUGUAUUCCAAAUAUGUCUGAAAGUGUUACACCACAGGCAUCUCCAGUGAUUCGUUCUUCAGCAAACAGUCAGAUAUAAAAUAUAGUAAUAGAUAGCUGUGUUCCUCGUCUGUCUUUAUGCCAAUAUUUUUGCCUGAGGUGGUACUUGUGUGGCAGGUGAUGCUGGAAAGCUACAUCCAAAGGAGGAUUUUUGGAAGCAAGUUAAUUUCCUCUUUUUCCUUUCAUUUGCCUUUUCUCUUUUCCAUCGUUGGCUUUUUUAUUUUUUGUUGCUUACUUAAUGGCACUGAUCUCACCUGAACUUUUAAACUUGAAUUUUUCCUGCACUUUAAGUCAAUCAUGGUAUUUUAGUCCUUAAUUUUGUUUCUGCAUUUGUGCAGUUCAGGUUCAUUAUUUGUAUAUAAACACACACGUUCAGUAAAGACUUUAGAACAGAUUA